AUGUCUCAAGAAUAUUCAGCGAUCGUGUUUGAUAAUGGCUCUGGCUCCAUUAAAGCAGGUUUUUCAGGAUGUGAGAAUCCACAAGUGGUUUUUCCAUCACUCAUUGCUUCUCCUUUAAAAUCCAAAGAAUCUGAAAAUAUCAAAGAAAUAUACCUUGUGGGAGAUGAAGCUAAAAUUGACAGUAGAAAGAAUGUUAGAAUGGUCAGAUAUCCAAUAGAACAUGGAGUAGUGACGAAUUGGGAGGGGAUGGAACAGAUUUGGCGUCAUGUUUUUAGUCAAUUACAGGUGGAUUGUGAAAAUCAUCCUGUUUUAUUGACUCAACCUCCUUGUAAUCCAAAACAAAAUAGAGAAAAGAUGACUGAAAUAAUGUUCGAAACAUUUAGAAUACCAUCCAUGUAUGUUUCUAUUCCUGCUGUAUUGUCCUUGUUUGCAACUGGGAGGACAACUGGAAUAGUUUUAGAUUCUGGAGAUGGUGUGACGAAUAUUGUUCCAAUUUUUGAAUCACAUGCUUUAGAAUAUGCU